AUGGCGCAGAACACUGAUGCGAUUCCCAAGAGGCCGAGGGGGAUUCUGAAAAACUCCAGCUCCCAACACCACCUCCACGUCUCCUACGACGAGCACCACACGCCUACCCCGCCUCCCGUCGACACCAAGGAACUCACCCUGCAAAACACCCUCCAGAACGCGGGUCGCCGUCCCUCGUCGUCUUCCCGACGCACCUCUCUCGCAAGCUCUCACGGUCACCAUGACGACGCCUCGCCGCGUUUGAAGUGGGACGAGGCAAACCUGUACCUAGCCGAGCAGGAGAAAACGGCAAAGAUGAAGAUCGACGAGCCGAAGACCCCCUAUGCGCCGCACUAUGACCCUACCGAGGACGAGGAGGAGAUGAGACUCGCUGAGGCGCAGGACAGCCUGAUUAAUGCGCAAGGUGUUGUUGUCGACGAGCUGGACAGGAGCAAGAAGGGGUCGCAGAGGAAACCUUCCGAAGACGAUAUUCCCGAGUUGGAGCUUGGUGAGCCUGAGGAGUCGGUUGUGGAUGGUGGACAACUUGGUGAUAGUGAUCGAAUUAUGCGCUCGCGGAGUCUGAGUAAUGAGUCUCACCGCAGCGACAAGCAUGUUGUCGUUGGUGCGAAUGGGACUGGGGAGGAUGGGGAUGAGCUUCUCACGACUGAGGAAGCAAAGGAGAAGCAUCGGCAGUUUGAGAAGCAGCGGAGGAAGCACUAUGAGAUGCGAAAUAUCAAGGAGCUUCUAGCACAUCACGAGGAGGAUGAGAUGGAUGAAGACGAAGACGACUCAGGCGUGCCACCCCCGAUGCCUCGGAUUCCACAGCAGUUCAGCAACGGAGGCCAGUGA